AUGGCGUCCCCACCACGUCAUUGCCUCCCCGUGCGACGCCGAAAAAGUCCAAGCCCGCCCGCGCAGCCCUCAUGUGACCGUGACCCGCCCCCCACAUGCCUCCUCCUUCUCUUCUUCUUCUUCUUCUCCGUAGCCGAUCGAGUCGUCCUCGACACACUCAUUCCAACUCCCACCAUCACCCUCCACUCCACUCCACUCCACCCGCCCCAACACACAUCUCCCUCUCGUCUCGGUCUCGCAUAACAGAAGCCGGAGACGGAGAGGACGAGCGAGCGAGCAACGAUGAUGAGGGGCGGCGGCGACGAGUACCAGCAGUACUACGGCCCGCGCGGGGCGCCACACGGGCUGCUGAUGGCGGUGGUGCUGGGCCUGGUGGUGGCGGGCCCGCUCUUCAUGGGCGACGGCGGGGAGGCCAUCACGGCCGCCGUGGCGGAGCUCCUCGGCCCCACGGGGCUCCUCCUGCUCCCCGUCGGCCUCAUCCUCGUCAUCCGCAUCCUGUCGUCCGAGCGCGGCGCCGCCGCGCUCGCCGACGUCCUCUCCUUCGGCGGCUCGCCGGACUCCGUCCACCGCGUCGGGGGGUCGCCCGUCGGCGUCGCGCUCGCGCUCACGCUCAUCGUGGUCCUGCUCUACUACAGGACCUCGCUCUUCGGCGGCGACGGUGGCGACGACGAGUAGCGGGUAGCGCCGGUCGAUCGUCAUGCCUGUGAUUACGAGAGUACUCCAAGUAAUAAAUAUGUUAAUUCUAUAAAAAGUGGUGCUUUGUUGCGAUCUGUAAUGAUGAUCCUGGAUCGCUCAGCCGCGCUGUUCUGAUUCGGAAAUGCGAAGCUUCUCCGCUGUACCACUUGAGUA